CUAUAUUCAAAUGUAUGAGCGAUAAUAGCUGGCUAGUAUUCCAUGGAGGACGAAUCGUAUGCUUCUUUGAUUAACACGCCAUUUCCUUUAGGUUUUUAUCAAGAUACGUUCCGCCGGUUUGGAUGUCAAGGUUGAUAACUUUGAAGAGGGCCUUCUACGAGCACACUUGGAGUUCAGGCGAAUGAUCACUUACCAUUCAUUUGUUCUACAAUUUUCUUAUUUCAAUCAGGUCUGGGGCGCUGAUACUUCUCACAUUCAAGGUGUGAGAUCGUUUCUCUUCACCAACACUAGAAUCGACCAUGAGUAUGGCUGCCACUAACGCAUCGAUUGCCACGUCGCAAGAUAUUUCCAUCAAAGACCAACUUUCAAACAAUGCAACAGGCGAAAAACGGGAAAACAUAGAGGCUGAUGGGAUAGUCAUACUUCCAAAAGCCGAGGAGGCAUCAUGGCAACAACAGCCCAGUAACCCGUUGCGAUGGUCUAGUACGCGUAAAUGGACAAAUAUCAUACUCAUAGCAGUGACAAACUUCUUCGCGCAAAUGGCCUACACGGCCUUCCAACCAGCUUUGCCGACGAUUAUGAAUGACCUACACGUCAUGUCCAAUCGAGGCUCUCUUUCAACUCUCACCAUAUCGAUAAACAUAUUGGGAUAUGUAUUCGGGCCGAUUUUCAUUGCUCCUGUGUCCGAACAUGUCGGCCGGAGAACCGUCCUGAUCAUCUCAAUUCCAGUCUUGAUCAUCUCAAUAGUCGGGCCAGGUGCUUCAACAAAUAUCGCCAUGUUUCUUGUUUUUCGAGCACUAGGAGGAUUUCCUACGACAUCCUUGAAUUUAAUCAGUUAUGCAAUUGUCGCCGACCUUUUGCCAGUAGAGAAGAGAGGUCUUGGUAUGAGUAUCGUUCUAGCUGGACCCAGCAUUGGACCGACAUUGGGGCCCCUGACCGGCGGAUACAUCACUCAGUACAUUGGCUGGAGAUGGAUUUUCUGGAUUUACACGAUAGCCGCGGGCUUUUGCGGUAGUUUGGUGAUUCUCAUAUACAGAGAAACUUACAAUCCCAUUCUUGAGCGCCGAUAUUACACUUCUCGGCUCAACAAACACAACAACGCCAUCCUCGAUAAUGAGUCCGAACGUUUUCCAUUCACACUCCCACCCGAUGUGAAGCCCCCUCCAUCGCUUCGGCAAGCAUGUGUUCGACCGUUUAAACUUAUGCUAACACCUGUCGUAAUCUACGCUACGUUUGUCUGCUCUAUCGCAAACAGUUAUCUUGUUUUUUCGCUAGCAACCUUGGGCACGUCUUUCCAAAAGCAGUACGGGUUUUCUGCGUCUCAAAGUGGUCUCGCAUACCUCGGCAUGACCGCCGGCUUCACAAUCAGCCAGCUCACUGCUGGACUUCUUUCGGACAGAUACAUAAAACGAAAAACGAACAACGGUGAACUCGCCGCCAAGCCAGAGUAUCGGCUCCCGAUACUUAUGAUAGGCGCUGUAAUGCUACCAGCUGGUUUCGUUGUCUAUGGCUGGGGCCUUGAGUACCAGGUUCAGUGGAUAAUCCCCAUCAUUGGGAGUGCUCUAAUCUCGUUGGGUGUGAUGUACAACUUCAUGCCUGUUCAAAUGUACGUAGUCGACAGCUUCACCAUAUAUUCUGUCAGCGCAACCGGAGCUGUAGGCAUAAUUCGUUCGAUCAUCACUACUGUGUUUCCCCUUGCGGGGGAUCCUUUGUAUACCAGCUUAGGUUAUGGAUGGGGCAACACAUUGCUGGCAUUUAUUGCCCUGAGCAGUUUGCCGAUGGCAAUUAUCUUUUGCAAGUACGGGGAGAAGUGGAGACUCAAAUACCCACCGAAGUUUUAAUACACAUACAUCGUCACUAGUAGUCAACACCUUGGGUAGAACACAUGCAGGUGUAUUCAAUGGUCAGAUAGUAGUGUCUAGAGUCGCCGUCAAACAGAUCAAGAUAUAGCCGG